AUCGACCGCUGGUACAGUGUAAUCCAUCAAACUACCGUUAUGAGCCAAAUUCACGCCGGUAUCAACUGCGACGCCUGUGGCGUGCAGAACUUUGCAGGCAUCCGCUACGCUUGCCUCAGCUGUCAGGAUUACGACCUGUGCGAGAGCUGCCAACAACGGACUGCCUUCACGAAGAAACACGCCCCCUUUCAUCCGAUGCAGGCCAUUCUCACGCAGUACGAUUUCGUGCAAAAGCAUCAUUCGACAGCCGGGUCGUCAACGGAAUUCAAAAUUUAUCGCUGUCCACACUGUGGCAACGAUGGGUUCAGCUUGACGACGUUGCUCGCGCAUGUGAAGGCUCUGCAUGCGGAAUGCAAUGGCAAGGUUCGCUGUCCGGUUUGCGUCAUGUUCCGCAUAGGACGCUAUGGGUCGGAUCUGCUCGAUUGGAGCUUGGCGUUCCACAUUGAGAAUGGACACAUGAGUUUCAGCACCGAUGUGGAACACGUGUUCAAAACGCUCCAGUAUGGGGCAUCGUCCUAUUCGAAAGGAAAUCCUUCCUGGUCCUUUGAUGCCGAUGGGGCAUCCUGUAACAUUUGCUCUGCAAAGCUGGGGCAUGAUGAAAAUCUGUACCGUUUCCUGCAAUGCGGCCAUGGAUUCCAUCACAAAUGUAUUGACUCGUGGUUGAUAAACAAUCAUAUGAACUGCCCGCUUUGCUGCCUUCCGAGAACGUAAUUGUAAUUCAAAGUGAAAAACCUGUAAACCAAUAAAUCCCAAGGCUUUCGGAUGACUAGAAUUUGCUUAAGCUGUUCGUUGCGUUACGUAAUA